AUGAUUGUCCUCAAACCCGUUCAUCCUUCUACUCCUACCAAUAUCAAAUAUAGCAUCCACCGCAGCAGAGUCCUCAACACAAAAGGUUCUAUUUUCUGCCUCUGCAAGUCCAAUGAAUCUGAUUCUCAAACUCCCCAACCAGGAGAUAUUCGUAAGCAAGAACUGCUAGCACAAAUUGCCAUGCUUCAAACUCAAAAAGUCCGUCUCACAAACUAUAUAGAUGAGAGAUCUGCAUAUUUAGCCCAGUUUGGUGAAGAAGCCAAGGCUGACUUUGACAAGAUUGGAGAAGAUGCCCUCCAAGGAUUAGAUGAAGCUAGUGCCAGAGAAAAGGCUCAAACCAUGAUAACAGCAAACAUAGAGAGCCAGAAGGUAGAGUUUGAGGAAUCUGCAGAACUCUUCAGACAAGAGAUUCAGGAGCGCGAAAAGGAACUAGAUGAGUUUGAAGUUAAAAUGGAGGAUAGAAGAAACGAAGGGCUAUUUUUCAAGAACCUUAGAAAGAAGACACCUGUUGACAAAGCAAAAGCUAAAGUGGAGGCAGAAAAAAUCAAAGAUGUAGCCAGAGAAAAAGCUGGUAGCAGAACAAGAAAAAGCAUUUACCUCUUCUUUAUUGGCCUGCUUACCUUUGCAAUAGUCAAUACUAUUGCCUCAUCAACUGACUGGAGAAAAGUAGCAGUUCUUGGAGCUAUUGUUGUGGCUUUAGUUUCUCAGCUCAUCUACGAACAGUCAAUGUCAUCAGAAACUGGAAAAACAAGAAAGGCAAAUACCGAAGAGAAAAAUAAGUGA